GAACGCAGCGGUUUGGUUUUGUGUCGGGCUUGCCGGUUUUGAAACCAAAUUGCAACUUGGCGAGGCUGCAAGCCAAUUUCCUUAGCAAGCUGGGCCUUCCUCUCUGGUUCAAUUCUGUUUUCCACCUCAAAACUCUUUUUCAAGAAACUGAACUUGAUCGGUAG